AUGGCGAGCAAGGCAGAGAUCGCCGCGGCCGUGCGGGACUACAAGGUGUACCCUCGCAUCGACUACAGGACGAUCGAGGGCGUCGAGGGCCCGCUGGUCAUCAUGGACAACGUCAAGUUUCCCACCUACGGCGAGAUCGUGAACGUCAACCUGUCGGACGGGUCGGUGCGGCAGGGCCAGAUCCUCGAGGUGAACAAGAAGAAGGCGGUCGUGCAGGUAUUCGAGGGCACCAGCAACAUCGACAACAAGAACUGCCACAUCGAGUUCACGGGCGACACCCUCAAGAUGCCGAUCUCGGACGACCUCCUCGGCCGCGCCUUCAACGGCUCCGGGAAGCCGAUCGACAAGGGCCCCGCCGUGCUCGCGGAGGACUUCCUGGACAUCAACGGCGCGCCCCUCAACCCCAAGUCGCGCGUGUACCCCAAGGAAAUGAUCCAGACCGGCAUCAGCGCGAUCGACACCAUGAACUCCGUGGUCCGCGGGCAGAAGCUGCCGCUGUUCUCCGCGGCAGGCCUCCCGCACAACGAGAUCGCGGCGCAGGUGUGCCGGCAGGCCUCCCUGGUCAAGGGCAAGGACGUGAGCGACCACUCCAAGGAGAACUUCAGCAUCGUGUUCGGGGCCAUGGGCGUGAACAGGGAGACUGCCACCUUCUUCAAGCGCGACUUCGAGGAGAACGGCUCCAUGGAGAACGUCGUGCUCUUCAUGAACCUGGCGAACGACCCCACCAUCGAACGCAUCGUGACCCCUCGGCUGGCCUUGACCACGGCCGAGUACUUCGCGUACACGCGCGAGCAGCACGUGUUCGUCAUCCUCACCGACAUGUCCUCGUACGCCGACGCCCUCCGCGAGGUGUCCGCCGCGCGCGAGGAGGUGCCUGGGCGCCGCGGCUACCCCGGGUACAUGUACACGGAUUUGUCUACCAUCUAUGAGCGCGCCGGCCGGGUAGAGGGCAAGACGGGGUCCAUCACGCAGUUCCCCAUCCUCACCAUGCCUAACGACGACAUCACGCACCCCAUCCCGGACCUGACUGGGUACAUCACGGAAGGGCAGAUCUUCGUGGACCGCUCCCUGCACAACCGCCAGAUCUACCCGCCGAUCAAUGUGCUGCCGUCCCUCAGCAGGCUGAUGAAGUCGGGUAUCGGCCAGGGGAUGACCCGCAAGGACCACGGCAACGUCUCUGAUCAGUUGUACGCGAACUACGCAGAGGGCCAGGACACGAAGGCCAUGAAGGCCGUCGUCGGGGAGGAGGCCCUGAGCGAGGACGAGCACAAAUAUCUGGAGUUCUUGGACAAGUUCGAAUUGAAGUUUCUGUCCCAGGGUCCCUACGAGAACCGCGACAUCUUCACCUCCCUGGACCUUGCAUGGACACUGCUGCGGAUCUUCCCUCAGGACAUGCUCAAGAAGAUCCCUGCAAAAAUCAAGGACGAGUUCUACAGCCGCGAGGGUGAGAUCCAGAAGGCCGCGCAGGCCAUCAAGAUGUAG